AUGCCUUGCCUGCUAAGACCGGCUGUGCUAAAUCAAUCAUCGUUCAUGGGCUGCUUGAUGCUGGAGGAAUAUACCGAAUGGCAACAAUCAUGGGUGAGCAAUGAAAUUUUAAGGGAUAAUAUCAUAAAAGCACGUGAUAUGACCAUCGAGAACUGCCUGAGUCAUGUAGGUUUGUUUUUCUUUGUCAAACACGGCGUGAAGGUAGGGGCAGCCCGGCGAUUCGUACGUGACAUUGGUCUUUGGGUGAAACGACGCGGAGAAGUUACUUGCAGCGAAAAUACUAGCAAUUCAGUCUAG